AUGAGUGAUGACGAAGACGAUAUUAAUUUAUAUAUAACAAGGUCAAAAAAUAAUGAAAACAAAAAAACUAAUAAAAAUAGACUUAUAGAUAAUAAUAUACAGAAAACAAAAACAACAACAGCAGUAUUAACAACAAGAACAACAACAACAACAACUACAACAACUGCUUCUACACAACUAAAAUGGGAUUAUGGCGAUGAAGACGAUGAUGAUUAUUCAGCACCAAAAGAUAUAGAUGAAGAGCAGUCAAGUAAACAAUUUAAUUAUCAAAAUAAUCAAAUUGUUGUCAAACAAGACCAUGAUGAUUAUUCAGCACCAAAAGAUAUGGAUGAAGAGCAAUCAAGUAGACAAUUUAAUUAUCAAAAUGACCAAACUCUUGUCAAACAAGAUGAUGAUCAUGAUGACUAUAAUGAACCAAAAGAUAUUGAUUCACAAUCAUUAAUCGAUGAAGAUUGUGAUUUUGAAUUUGACAAUAGUGAUUUCUUUUUUGAUGACGGAACAACAAAUAAUAAUGAUAAUAAUAAUAAAAAUAAUAAAAAUAAUAAUAAUAAUAAUAAUAAUAAUAAUAAUAAUAAUAAUUAUAAUAAUAAUAAUAAUAAAAAUUAUAAAAGAAAAUACUAUCAAAGCUAUAAUAAUAGUAAUAAUAUUAAUAAUAAUAAUAAUAAUAAUAAUGAUAAAUUUGAAAAAAGGUUAUCGGAUUUAAAAAAGACAGGUAAAGAAGAAGCAAAGAAAAGAGGAUAUCAAGUACGAAAAACACCAACAAAAGAGAAAAAGAUACCACCAUCAUUUAAAGUUAUUGAUGGUACUAAUUUUUUAGUUGAUGGUUUUCAAUAUAAAUCUGAAGAUUUUACUCAUUAUUUUUUGACACAUUUUCAUUCAGAUCAUUAUGUUGGUAUUACAAAGACAUGGUCAUUUGGUAAUAUUUAUUGCACAGAAGAAACAGGUAAAUUAGUUUCACACAAGUUAGGAGUUGAUCAACGUUAUAUUGUUAAAUGUGAAUGGAAUAAAUUAAUAGAGAUUCAAGGUGUUAAGGUUGCAUUUUUAGAUUCAAAUCAUUGUCCAGGUUCAGCAUUAAUUCUUUUCAUUAUACCAUUAAGAAAUAAAGAUGGUGAAAUCAUUGGCGAGGAGAGUAUUUUACAUACUGGUGAUUUUAGAUAUAAUCAAUCAAUGAAUAAUUAUCCAUUAUUAAAAGGUAGAACUAUAAGUAAACUUUAUUUAGAUAAUACUUAUUGUGAUCCACAAUAUGUUUUCCCACCACAACCUGAAAUCAUUAAACAAGUUGCAUCAAUUGUUAGAAAAGAAAAUGAUGGUGAAACCUUAUUCUUAUUUGGUACUUAUGUCAUUGGAAAAGAGAGAAUAUUAUUAGAGAUUGCAAAACAAGAGGGUAAACCAGUACAUGUUUCAAAUGAAAAAUAUGCAAUACUCUGUUGUUUAUCAACUUGUUUAGAUAUUAAUAAAUUCACUACAAAUGAAUUAAUUACACCAUUUCGUGCUGUAACAAUGUCAAUGUUAUCCUAUCAUAAUAUGCUAUCAUUAUUAGAUUCAAGUAAUAAUAAAUAUAAAAGAGUAAUUGGUUUUCGUCCAACUGGUUGGACUCAAGCAAAGAAAUCAAUAACUUAUCUCAAUAGAGGUCCAACAACUUUUUAUAGUGUAGCUUAUAGUGAACAUAGUUCUUUUAAUGAAUUAAGAGAUUGUAUUGAUCAUUUUAGACCAACUCAAAUUAUUCCAACUGUUGAUUGUGAUUCACCAAUUAAAGUUAAAAAUAUAUUAGCACAUUUUUCAGAUUUAUAUGAAAAAAAGAAACAACUUACAAUUGCUUCAUUCUUUUCAGCACAGCCAGUUACGAAUUUCUUUCAAUCAUUUUUUAAAUCAAAAUCAGAACCAAUUAUUGAUGAAGAUAAUAAAAAAUUAAUACCAAUUACCACUACUACAACUACCAAUAUAAAUACAUUAACAGCUACAGAUACAACUACAACAAAAAUAAAAACAUCAAAUACACUCAUUAAAGACGAAUUUACUGAUGAUUUAAUAUGGGAUUGUUCUGAUGAUUUAAUUAGUGAUCGUAAAUUGUUAACACAAAGUGAUAAUAGUUCAGCAUUAUGUAAAAUUGAAAAAGAAGAAAAUUUUAAUGAUUUAUCUGAAAAUAAUAAUAAUAGUAAUAAUAAUAAUAAUAAUAAUAAUAAUAAUAAUAAUAAUAAUAAUAAUAAUAAUAAUAAUAAUAAUAAUAAUAAUAAAUUAAUUAUAGAAAAUGAUAUAAAAGAAGAAAUUAUAGAUUUUGAUGAUCCAGUUUUCAUUAGUCAACAAAAAUGGAUUGAAAAACAAAUUUAUAAUAAUAAUAAUAAUAGUAAUAAUAAUAAUUUUACAACACCUACUAAAACAAAUGGAAAUCUUAGUAAUAAUGCAAAAUUAAACUUAACACCAACACAAACACAAACACAAACACCAACACAAAAUAAUAAAAAACAAAAAACAACCAACGUAUCUCCAACAUCUUACAAUUCAAAUAAUAGCUCGCAACAAAGUGGUUUGAAAAGAAGUAAAUCUGAUCCAAAUGUAAAAAAAAAUCAAUUACAAACUUCUCAACCACCAUCACAAUCUUUAAUUACUUCUUUUUUUCAAAAAUGUGCAUCUCCUACUUCUUUAUUUUCGGCAACACCACCAACACCAUCAAUAACAACAACAUCAAACCAAUCCACUAAAAAUAAAAAUUCUACAACAACUACUUCUACCUCUACAUCUAACAAUAAACCUUUUAAAAAUUGA